ACUCAUCCAGACCCAGGCCCUGCUGUGCACCCUGCCGUCCCUACUGAAUAGUGCAGGCAACUGUGACACAACGGGGGCGUGUGUCCGCAGCAACAGAGACGGAAACGCGAGCGCGCGCACGGCCGAGGGGCGGGGCACGUCAUUGGUCUCGCGAUAAUUGCGCAGCGCAGGCAGGGGCGGUCCUUUCUGAAGAUCCGGCAAGAUGGCGGAAGUGGAGCAGAAGAAGAAGCGGACCUUCCGCAAGUUCACCUACCGCGGCGUGGACCUGGACCAGCUGCUGGAUAUGUCCUAUGAGCAGCUGAUGCAACUGUACAGUGCGCGCCAGCGGCGGCGGCUGAACCGGGGCCUGCGCCGCAAGCAGCACUCGCUGUUGAAGCGCCUGCGCAAGGCCAAGAAGGAGGCGCCACCCAUGGAGAAGCCCGAGGUGGUGAAGACACACCUGCGGGACAUGAUCAUCCUGCCCGAGAUGGUGGGCAGCAUGGUGGGCGUCUACAAUGGCAAGACCUUCAACCAGGUGGAGAUCAAGCCCGAGAUGAUUGGCCACUACCUGGGGGAGUUCUCCAUCACCUACAAGCCGGUGAAGCACGGCCGGCCUGGCAUCGGCGCCACCCACUCCUCGCGCUUCAUCCCCCUCAAGUAGCCUGCUCAGCCAAUAAAGACACUUCUCUAGUCC